CAUUUCAAAAUGUUGUUCAAAAUACUGCAUAACUUCCAGUCUUUUCCUUGAACUUGGCUCAGAGAAGGAGAGAUCCGCUAACCAGCGCCUAUGCGAGCAGCUCUUGGGAAGUGAAGCAAGCAGGGAGACAAUGAAGCAGCUGAUUUGCGUCCUGCUUUUAUUCCUUGUUUCUGAAAUACGAAGCUUUGAUCUCAUCAUCGACGAAAUCCCAGAUGAUCUGGAGAACUUGGUUGACCUGGAGAUUGAUGGAUUUCUGUCAAAGCCCAUGACUAGAAAUGGCAGGUACCAGAGAAGCACAUUAAACGAUGAGGAUUCUGGAGAGUUGGUGGCUGGCGAUGACAAGAUAAGUAUUUAUAGCUACAAAGUUAAGUCCACCAUAACGUCUCGUUUGGUCGACACCAUGAUCCAAAGCAAAGUGGAAAAUAAAGCUAAGCAUGCCCAAAAUUUGGUGUUUGAUGUGCAGAUUCCCAAAGGAGCCUUCAUUCACAACUUUACUAUGAACAUAAAUGGCAUAACGUUUACUAGUUCAAUUAGAGAAAAAUCUGCAGCCAGACAACAAUAUGCUCAGGCCAGGGCCAAAGGCAAAGCUGCUGGAAUAGUAAGGAGCAAUGCCCUUGACAUGGAAAACUUCAAAGCUGAACUGAACGUGCCCGGAGGAAUGAAGGUCCAGUUUGAAAUUUAUUACCAAGAAGUGAUCCGGAGGAAAUUGGGAUCGUACGAGUAUGUUAUCCCUCUGCAGCCUGGAAGACUAGCAAAGCACCUAGAGGUGGAUGUCCGCAUUAUUGAGCCUCAGGGACUUCGUUACGUGCAUGUUCCUAACUCGCUAGGAGAUCACUUUGCGGGAAUCACCACCAUCACUAAGGGAGAGAAAAAGGCCCACGUGUCCUUCAAACCAACGGUGGCUCAGCAACGAAAAUGCCCCACCUGUUCUACCACGUCAGUAGAUGGGAAUUUUGUGGUGACGUAUGAUGUGCACCGAGAAACCAAAGCUGGAGAACUGGAAAUUUUUAAUGGCUAUUUUAUUCACUACUUUGCUCCUGACAAUCUGGAUCCGCUGCCCAAAAACAUUUUAUUCGUUAUCGAUGUGAGUGGCUCAAUGUGGGGACUGAAAAUGAAACAAACGGUUGAGGCGAUGAAGACCAUAUUGGGUGAUCUCCGGUCUGAUGACCACUUUUCUAUUGUUGACUUCAACCACAAUGUUCGCACCUGGAGAGAUGAUUUAGUUGCAGCCACAGCGCCUCAGAAGGAGGAUGCUAAGAAGUACAUCCAGGAGAUCCAUCCCAAUGGGGGUACAAACAUCAACGAAGCUCUUCUUCGAGCAAUAUUCAUUCUAAAGGAAGCCAGCAACAUGGGAAUGUUGGACCCUAACUCCGUCUCCAUGAUCAUAUUGGUGUCAGAUGGCGACCCUACGGUAGGUGAGCUGAAGUUGACUAAAAUCCAGAAGAACGUGAAACAGAACAUACCGGAAGAUGUCUCUUUGUUCUCUCUCGGGAUUGGAUUCGAUGUAGACUAUGAUUUCCUGGACAGGCUUGCUCAUGACAACCAUGGAAUGGCACAGAGGAUUUUUGGAAAUCAGGAGACCUCUUCCCAAAUGAAGAAAUUCUACAAUCAGGUCUCUACCCCGCUCCUCAAGAAAGUGGAGUUUAACUAUCCUCAGGAAUCGGUGUCAGAUGUCACCCAGAACAGUUUCGAUAACUACUUUGGAGGGUCGGAGAUUGUGGUGGCAGGAAAGGUUGACGCCAACAAUGUGCAGCACCUGCAGAGUAUUAUCACAGCCACAUCAUCAAACGCCGAGCUAGUCCUGGAGACCCUGGCAGAUGUUGAGGGACUGGAUGAUUUCCUGAAGAAAGAGCCGCAUGCCGACCCCAAAUUCACUGAGAAGCUGUGGGCCUAUCUGACCAUCAACCAGCUCCUAGCUGAGAGAAACCUGGCCCCCACUGCUGCUUUGAAAAGGAACAUCACCAGAUCCAUCUUACAGAUGUCGCUCGACCACCACAUCGUGACCCCUUUCACGGCCAUGUUGAUAGAGAAUCCUGAAGGGAAUGAGAGAAUGCUGGCAGAUUCUCCACAAGACCAAAAAAUAGGCUGUUGCCCAGGUACUUUAGGUGUAGCCUCCAAUGGCCUUGAUAAGUCCAUCCCACCCUGGGCGAAACCCACACCUACGGCAAAGCAUCCAUUAAAUCUCAAGGCUCCAAAUGUAUCUACUCACAUAACCUCAGUUGACAAUGACCCACAUUUCAUCAUCCAUCUGCUAAAGAGCCAGGAGAACAUCUGCUUCAAUAUUGACUCAGAGCCUGGAAAGAUCCUGAACUUGGUUUCAGAUCCUGAUUCUGGGAUCGUGGUCAACGGGCAGCUCAUUGGGGCCAAGAAGCCUGAGAAUAAAAAACUGAGCACCUAUUUUGGCAAAAUUGGAUUCUAUUUCAAAAACAAAGGCUUGAAAGUAGAGAUCAGCACAGAGAUGAUCACUCUGAAAGACGGCUCUUACAGCACCGCGCUGUCCUGGUCCGACACAGGAAGCAUCAUUCGGAAAAGGCUGCUUGUGUCUGUGAAGAAAGACCGCAGUGUCACUAUCGCCAUGGACACGGAAAUGUCCUUCAUUGUUUUGCUUCAUCGCGUGUGGAAGAAUCACCCGGUCAACGUUGAUUUCUUAGGGAUCUACAUUCCCCCUACAAACCGGUUCUCACCCAGUGCACAUGGGCUGAUAGGCCAAUUCAUGUCUGAACCAGAAGUGCAUAUCUACAAUGAAAGACCUGGUCAGGAUCCAGGGAAACCAGAAGCAACCAUGGAAGUGAAAGGACACAAACUUACUGUCACCAGUGGGUUGCAGAAGGACUACAGGACAGACCAAGUGUUUGGAACCAAUGUGCACUGCUGGUUUGUCCACAACAGUGGGAAGGGUUUCAUUGAUGGCCACUAUAAAGAUUAUCUUGUUCCCCACCUGUACAGCUUGCUGAAGAACCCCUGAACGGCUACAGGCUCAAGCAAUUUGUAAAGAAAAAAAAAUCCUCCCUCCCCCAGACAAAUAUUCAGACUCCUUGGUAUUCUCAGUGUAACAAAGCAGGCGAAUGUAAUGACAGGUGGCUAGCAGGUAUCUAACUUAAGGGGCCAUUGCUCCAUGAAAGAGUGUUUCAAAGUGAAGUACGAUGUGGUAAAACACAGCAGGUAGCUUUUCUGUAUGUAAUGAAUAUAAACCUGUUUAAAAGCUUAUUAUAAUAAAGCUACUUGUUGGAAUCGA